UCACACUUUGUUCCGAAAAUUUUCCGGAGAGUUAGUUCGCUCCGUAUCUCCGGCUGCUGCUUCUCGGUAUUUCGUUUCGCGACAACUCGACGAGUGACAAAAUGGCUAGGAAGAUGAACAAAUUGCUGGCACUGGUACUUCUCGCUGCGUGUGUCGUAGCUGAACCUAUAAACGUUUCCGUGCAGCCGUCCCAGGAUCUGGAUUGUCUGCAGCAUGACAUGCUCUUCAGCUGCAUGCUCGUUAAAACGAUCAGUACUCUCGAUAGGGCGGCUAGAUCGAACGACAUCGAGAUUGUCGACGGUGUGACUUUCAUACGAGACAUACCGAUGGAGCGCACUGGCAAGAGUUUGAAGAAAUCUGAAUUGGAGAUCUUGCAUGAAUUACCACGCGAUAACUCCGACAAGAUGAUAAAACUUUUUAGCAUGUUAUAUGAAUCAGCUGUCUCUUUCCUGAAGAGUCAUAGUUUGAAACUUAACAUGCCUGGAGAAUCAAUUACUCGCACCCUGGUUGAAGGUCGUGCAAAGAUCAAGAAGAUAGUAACACCACUGAUUGCGGCAAUGGGUAUUAAGUUAUUCGCGUUGGUGCCGAUUUUGUUGGGCGGUUUAGGCCUGUUAGCUUUGAAAGCCUUAUUCUUCGGUAAAAUCGCCCUGCUAGUCGCCGGUAUCGUAGCGUUCCAGAAGCUUUUCGGUGGUAGCAACGUGGCAAGCAGUUUCUUCGGCAAAAAUCCGACAUCUAUCUUUUAUGACACAGGCGCCUCAGGAAAUUGGCCUGCUGCUAGUUCCGCUGGAGCGUAUCAAGGAUACAGGAGCUUCGAUAUUGAUGAUGCAAAAGUCGAUGCCCAUAAUUUGGCAUAUUCUGCUCAUGUACCGGACGCUAACGAUACGAAUUAAACGAACUUUCUUACUCGAAAGUUCUAUAUUUAUAAAAUUAUCGAAAGUCAUAUCUCGCGAAGCUAAUAUAUCUUCUUUCCCUUCUCGAAGCCAUCUGACCCACCUACGACUGUUAGAUUUAAUAUUUAUAUGUAC